UUCAAAUAACAGGAAACCAAGACCAGGCGAGGCAGGCAGCUCCACCCUGGCGCCCCGGGACCUCAGUCUGUCCGGGGGAGGUCAUGAACGCCACCGUGUCCCCACCGCCGGUCCCCCCUGAGGCCUGCCACCAGCUGGCGGCCGGCGGGCACAACCGCCUGAUAAUCCUGCACUACAACCACUCGGGCCGGCUGGCGGGGCGCGGGGGCCCCGAGGACAGCAGCCUGGGCGCACUGCGGGGGCUGUCGGUGGCCGCCAGCGGCCUGGUGGUACUGGAGAACCUGCUGGUGCUCGUGGCCAUCACCACGCACAUGCGCUCGCGGCGCUGGGUCUACUACUGCCUGGUCAACAUCACGCUGAGCGACCUGCUCACCGGCGUGGCCUACCUGGCCAACGUGCUGCUCUCGGGUGCCCACACCUUCCUCCUGGCGCCCGCACAGUGGUUCCUGCGCGAGGGGCUGCUCUUCAUGGCGCUGGCCGCCUCCACCUUCAGCCUGCUCCUCACUGCCGGCGAGCGCUUUGCCACCAUGGUGCAGCCCUGGAUGGCCGAGAGCCGGGCCACCAAGCGGGGCCGCGUGUACGGCUUCAUCGGCCUGUGCUGGCUGCUGGCCGCGCUGCUGGGGCUGCUGCCGUUGCUGGGCUGGAACUGCGUGUGCGCCUUUGAGCGCUGCUCCAGCCUGCUGCCGCUCUACGCCAAGGACUACAUCCUCUUCUGCAUGGUGGUCUUCGCCUGCAUCCUGGCCGCCAUCCUGGCCCUCUACAGCGCCAUCUUCCGGGUGGUCCGGGCCAACGGUCAGAAGGCCCAGCGCCCCUCUGCCCGCUCCAAGUCCCGCCGGCUGCUGGAAACGGUCCUCAUGAUCCUGGUGGCCUUCGUGGUGUGCUGGGGACCGCUCCUGGGCCUGCUGCUGGCUGACGUCUUCGGCUCCAACGUGUGGGCGCAGGAGUACCUCCGCGGCAUGGACUGGAUCCUGGCCCUCGCUGUGUCCAACUCAGCUAUCAACCCGCUCAUCUACACUUUCCGCAGCCGGGAGCUGCGCCGCGCUGUGCUGGCCUCCCUCUGCUGUGGGUGUCUGCGGCUGGGCCUGCGGGGACCCGGUGACUGCCUGGCCAGGGCCACGGAGGUGCACUCCGGGGCGUCCACCACCGAUAGCUCACUUAGGCCCAGGGACAGCUUUCGGGGCUCCCGAUCACUCAGCUUCAGGAUGCGGGAGCCCCUGUCCAGUGUCUCCAGCGUCAAGAGCACGUGAAGCCGCCGCAGGACCGAAGAGGCACCGACCCGCAGCCUCUUGGCCUGUGACCAAGCAGGGUCCCUCCCCAGGGGCACCUCGGACAGGGAGGCCUCGUGCGUGGGAACAGAGAGCUCUCCACGUGCAGCCAGGGGUCUCCCUAGGGCGCCUGGCUCCUGUGGGAUUUGGGGGAAGUCCCAGGCUCCCUCUGGGCCUCCGUGGGGCACCCCAGCUUCGAGGGCCAGGCUGUGGGUUUCAGGCCCUGGUGACACUCAGGUUCAAAGAUGCCAUAAGCUCCUCGGGCUGUGUGGUCAUUCGGCCCUUUGCAUAGGUGUCCUGGGGGCCACAGCUGUGAUGGGGGGGUGGGGUGCCGCGUGCCCAGAGCCCCCAUGUCUGCUUGCACAGUGUGCUCUUGUGCACCUCGACAGCCUCUGGCACCCGUGGUCCUCCCACUUCCUCUUUGGGGAAACUAGCCCCCAACCCCCACCCAGCACAACCUCCUCCCCAGCUUUUUUGGUUUUGUUUCGGUUUGGGUUUUUUUGAGACGUCAUCUCGGUGUACAGUUCAGACUGGCCUUAACUCACUAUGUAGCCCAGGCUGGCCUCAAACUCAAGGUGAUGUUCCUGCCUCAGCUUCCUGAGGGCUGGGAUGACAGGUGUGUGCCACCACACCUGGCCUCUUCCCCUAGCUCUGGCCUUUGCAUCUUUUGGGGUUCCCUCUGGGGGCCCAGCAGAGAGGAAGAGUCCCAACCCUCUUGCCCUAGGGAGAUGUUGCCUGGCAUUUCCUUCCAGGCUCACUGCUGUCACUUUCCCCACCUGUGAAAUGGGCUCACUGUGGGAGCCAGCAUGGAAGGAAUGUGUCAUCUCUCUCAGUUUAGGGGUCCUGGUACCUUAGAAACCCAUCCCACAAGCUGUUGCAUAAAUGAAGACUGGAACUUUCCCUGAUAGAUAGCAUUUAAUAUGAAUUAGUUUACACACAAAGGCGCCAUAGGCCAUGACAUCCCAGGGUUAGAGCAGUGUUGCUGGUGCCUUCGAAUGGAGCCUGUAGCUGACACAAAGUCCGUACCAGCCUGGCCCUGAGGACUGCCCGGGAGAGGGUUGGGGUGAGGGCUUGGGGGCUCCUGCCUGCCGCCUGGAGGGAGGACAGUGCCACUCUGAGCCGUUAUUUCUCUGCUGUGUGGUGGGGGAAGUGGUGGCUGUUUCUCAUGCUGUCCAACCCCAUAGUCACAACCGUGUGGCUGCGUCAAAUCGAUUAAAAUGAGUGACAUCUGAA